CAGUGAGGAGCACUUUUGCUGCUGGGCGCGUCUCGGCUUGGUGGGGUUCUUCGUGUGGAAGAGGACCCUUCGGCGCAGUGGCCAUGGCGUUUGUUACGGCCAACUGGAACCCGCUAGGAGACGCGUUCUACAGGAAGGUGGAGCUGUACGAGAUGGGCUGGAGCCUGAAGGAUGGCCUGCGGGACUGUCACGUGGCUGCCGCCCCUUACGGGGGGCCCAUCGCUGUCCUGAAGGAAUCCCAGCGCUGCUCGCCCAGUGUGCGUCCACAGCUGGACAUCUACACAGCCUCCGGAAUGCCCGUAGCUGCCUUCCCGUGGAAGAGUGGUGUGGUGAAACAGCUGGGCUGGACGGUGGGAGACGACCUCCUGUGUGUGCAGGAAGAUGGCACGGUGCUCGUCUAUGACCUCUUUGGCUCCUUCAAGAGACACUUCAGCAUGGGCAACGAACUUGUCCAGAGCCAUGUGCUUGAGGCCAAGGUAUUCCACUCGCCCUAUGGCACAGGCAUCGCUCUGCUCUCGGGCACCUUCAGGUUCAUUCUUGCUACAAACAUUGAGGACCUCAAGCUCCGGCGCCUGCCUGAAGUCCCAGGCCUGCAGGGGGCGCCCUCCUGCUGGGCCGUGCUUUCGCAGGACAGGCAGAGCAAGGUGCUGCUGGCCGCAGGGCCCGACUUAUACAUGCUGGACACGACUGCGUGCACACCGGUGAUUCCCCCAGGUCUUACUCCCCAGGCCAGCAGCAUUGUCCAUAUGGCAGUGUCCUUCAGCUAUAAGUACCUGGCCUUUUUCACAGACUCAGGCCACGUCUGGAUGGGCUCAGCAAACCUGAAGGACAAACUGGGUGAGGUGGAAACCAAGAUGAAGACCCCACCGAAACAGAUGGCCUGGUGUCGCAGGCCCAAGGGCCAGCAGCCCUCUGUGGUAGUCAUGUGGGAGAAGAACCUCCUCGUGGCUGGACAGUGUCAGGAGACUAUUCAGUAUCACCUGGAUGAAGACUCGGUUCUUGUUCCUGAGAUGGAUGGUGUGAGAAUUAUUAGUGGAAGUCACCAUGAGCUUCUUCAAGAAGUACCAGCGGCAUGUGAGGAGAUUUUCAAAAUAGCCUCCAUGGCUCCAGGUGCACUAUUGCUUGAGGCCAACAGAGAGUAUGAGAAGGAGAGCCAGAAGGCAGACGAGUACCUGAGGGAGAUCAAGGAGCAGGACCUGUUGGGAGAAGCAGUGAAGCAGUGUGUGGAGGCUGCAGGCUAUGAACAUGAGCCAGAGACACAGAAGAUGCUGCUGCGGGCGGCCUCCUUUGGGAAGUGUUUCCUUAGUAACUUCCGUCCAGAACUGUUUGUCCACAUGUGCCGAGACCUGCGUGUUCUGAACGCUGUUCGAGACUACACUGUUGGGAUCCCCCUCACACUUCCUCAGUACAAGCAGAUGACAGUGCAGGUACUGAUUGACAGGCUGGUGCACCGUAAACUCUACCCUCUGGCUUUUGAGAUCUGCCGCUACCUUAAGACCCCCGAGUACCAGGGAGUGAGCAGGGUGCUCAAGCACUGGGCCUGUUGCAAGGUACAACAGAAGGAGGAAGCCGACGAGGUCAUUGCUCGAGCGAUCAGUGUCAAGUUGGGGGAGACGGCAGGUAUCUCCUAUUCGGACAUCGCAGCAAAGGCAUAUGAGUGUGGCAGGACGGAGCUCGCCAUCAAGCUUCUGGAGUUUGAGCCUCGGUCAGGUGAGCAGGUGCCUUUACUGUUGAAGAUGAAGAGGAGCCAGCUUGCCCUCAGCAAGGCCAUUGAGAGUGGAGAUACCGACUUGGUGUACACAGUGGUUACGUACCUGAAGAAUGAAAUGAACCGCGGAGAUUUCUUCAUGACUCUCAGAAACCAGCCAGUCGCCCUGAGUCUUUACAGACAGUUCUGCAAGCAUCAGGAGCCGGAAACUCUGAAGGACCUUUUCAAUCAGGACGAUGACCACCAGGAGCUGGGAAACUUCUACGUGAGAGCCAGUUACCAGGAAGGCAAGCUGGAGACACGUGUAUCCCUACUCCAGAGUGCAGUGGAUGAAUACAACAAGGCCAAGAAUGAAUUUGCUGCUAAGGCUACGGAAGAGGAGAUCCGCCUGCUGCGGUUCCAGCGCCGUGUGGAGGAGGAGAAGGGUGAACGUGUCCUGGGCUGCUCCCUGCAUGACACACUACACUGCCUGCUGACCCUGGGCCUGCACAAGCAGGCUGAACAGCUCUACAAGGACUUCCGUGUCCCUGACAAGAGGUACUGGUGGCUUAAACUCACUGCUCUGGCAGAAAAAGAAGACUGGGAAGAACUGGAAAAAUUUGCAAAGAGCAAGAAAUCGCCCAUUGGAUACCUGCCUUUUGUAGAGGUUUGUGUGAAACACCUCAAUAAAUAUGAGGCCAAGAAAUAUGUGUCCAAAGUGACGCCAGAGCAGAAGGUGAAGGCACACUUAGCGGUGGGGGAUCUGGAAGGGGCAGCCGAGGCUGCCAUAGAGAGGCGCAGUGAAGGCGAGGUCAGCCUGGUUCUUUCGCGCUGUUCCGCAACUACUGACCGCACAAUUGUGGACCGUCUGAACCGUGCACGUGCUGCAGCUGCCAAGAAGUAGAUCUGUGUAACCCUUUCAAAACAAAACUCUUGAUUUAUGGCAAGGCAUUUUUAGACUCUAAUGAAGGCAGAAGGCACUGACGUGCCGUUAAUGUUACAUGAACGUACCGGUGCAGCACAGCAGGUACACUCUGAAAGCAAGGUUGUAUAUCAGGGAAAAGAUACUGCACUGCUAAUAACAUAAGGGUUGAAAUGCAGCUGUAUGCUUAUGCUGUAAUAUAUACAUUGCUUUAUGAAACUGCUCCUUUUCUCCUUUGAUAACAUUUUUAAUUUAAUUGCAUUGCAAUUGCAACUGUUCAUAUUAUAGUGUGAAAUCCUCUAGAACAGGGCUUCCUCCACAGUUUCAUUUAUGAAGUACAUUAAUCACAUUUUCCCGAUUAAUUUAAAUCAUUUCAUAAAGUGCAUUUAACUCCAAAUGUUGAAAGAUUUGUAUGUUUAAAGAGUAUAAUGGUUAUAUUUGGUUGUAAGUUGACAUGGCCUCUAA